AGUUGAAGGUAAAAGAAAACAUCUAUGAAAAAUUAUGACAAGUGACAAGGACUAUGUAGUUAUGCCUUUUUUUCGUUGGUGGAUGCGAUGUUUAAAAGAAAUUGGCCAUUGUUUAAGAAAUAUGAAUUAAAGUAGUUUCAAUGAUCCACAAAACUAUCUUCUGAAGAUGAACGUUUAUAAUACAAUGCCGGGGGUAGCGGACAUGGGGAUGGUGUGGAUGGGAGCAGGACAACCGUCUUCUGACGUUCCCAUGGGCCUGGACUCAGGAGAACAUAGCGAUAUGCUUUUGGAUCCUGAUAACAUGUACUUCACUCCAUCCCAUCAUAGUAUAUCCAACCAGUCUAUAGAUGACAUGCAUGCUGUGCACAAUUCUCAUAUGGAACAUAUGGAUAACUAUGAUAUGAUGCAUUUGAUGGACAUGAAAAACGAAAGCAAUGAUUCCAGUUACGUAGAAGAUGAAAACUCACAUCCUAUCUACAUGAUAACAACGUCAACACAAACACUGCCAUGCCCGACCCGGAAGAUCAAACCAAUAAAGCACCCUGGAUUAGUACUGAAAACCCCAAUAGCGUAUCAGAGCAAUACAGAUCCUUCGGUAAUUCCUAUUCAGAAGGAUGGAAUGGCGGUUUGCGAAAAAUGUGGGGCCAUUGGCGUGAAACACGCCUUCUACACCAGAGAACGCAGGUUCUGCAGCAUGGCCUGCGCCAGAGGCUACAGUGGCUUGAUUCCGGAACCUCUGCCUCAGUCGAACCAAAACACUCCCGACAACAAACAACACUAUGCCAAAUAUCGUUUCACAAUGAAAAUGGAAGAUGAUUUCACGGACGCCUACCUGGACCAUCCAUUCCCCCAGCUGUCUCCACUGCCUGAGCUGCCGCCCAUCGACGAUUCUCUACCUCUCAUCAGACGGAAACCGUCCGAGCUGGCUAAUUCCUUUGAUUGGGAUUCGCAGUUGGAAAAUCAGUACUUCAUUGCCGCUCCGGUCACGUGUUUCAAGCACGCCCCCAUGGCCGAUAUUUGGGAGAACAUUAUGGUCGGGAUGAAGGUAGAGGUGGAAAACACCGAUUGUGAUAAUGUGUCGGAAGCGUUUCCGGAUUCUUUUUGGGUGGCUACGGUGAUGAGGAUUGUAGGAUACAAAGCGCAGCUCCGCUACGAAGGGUUCGGCUCCAAUAACUCCAAAGACUUCUGGGUGAGCCUGUGCUCGAACCAGGUGCAUCCGGUCGGUUGGUGUGCCACCAGAGGCAAACCGCUCAUACCUCCCAAGACGGUCGAAGACAAGUACAGCGACUGGAAGGACUUCCUCAGGAAACGACUGACGGGCGCCAGGACAUUGCCUUCGAAUUUCAGCAAUAAAGCUAGCGAUAGUCUCAAAUCCAGAUUUGAAUGUGGCCUUAAUCUCGAAGUCGUCGAUAAGAACCGCAUAUCGCAAGUGAAAGUCGCCAUUGUUCAUAAGAUUAUCGGGAAGAGAUUGAACGUGAAGUAUUACGACAUGCCUCCCGAAGACGCAGGGUUUUGGUGCCACGAAGAUUCGCCGUUGUUGCAUCCCGUUGGGUGGGCGAAAAAGGUAAACCAUCAUCUAGUCGCACCCAUCAACUACCUCGAGAGAGUAAACCAAGGCAUAUUCGACGAAGAUGACGCAACCGAAGAGCUGUUCACUCCAUUCCAAAUCGGUUCUAUGGAACACACCCACUCUGGUUUCUGCGUCGGCAUGAAACUCGAGGCGAUUGAUCCGCUGAACCUGUCUUCGAUUUGCGUCGCGACGGUGAUGGACGUUUUGAACUAUGGCUACAUCAUGAUCCGUAUCGACACGUACGAUUCAGACGCGACGGGCGCCGACUGGUUUUGCUACCACGUGAAGUCGCCCUGUAUAUUUCCGGUUGGAUUCUGCGAGCGGAAUCACAUACCUCUCACCCCUCCGAAAGGAUACGAUCAGGCCACUUUCAAUUGGCGCGCCUACCUCAUGCAGACCAAUAACAGGCCCGCAGAUCCUUUGCUGUUUAACACCUUCGUACCUCCUCAUGGUUUUGUCACUAGUAUGAAAAUUGAGGCGGCCGACCUGAUGGAUCCGAGACUAGUUUGCAUUGCUACUAUCGCCAAAGUAGUUGGCAGGCUGCUGAAAGUUCACUUUGAUGGUUGGGAAGAAGAAUACGAUCAGUGGUUGGAUUGCGAGAGCCCCGACAUAUAUCCCGUUGGUUGGUGCCAGAGUGUAGGUCAUAAAUUGGAGGGGCCCCCCAUUUCGGCAAAGCCUGCGGCUCAGAUUAUGAAGUCACCCAAAGUCAAGAAAAAACAAAGGAAAAAGAAAGUGAAGGAUAAUCCUCCAAAAACACAAUCAGCCGCUACAUCAACGACCAAUCUGAAACAACCAAAGGUAGAAAUAAAAGUAGAAGAACCGACUAUGUCGACAUUCAUUGACGACAACUUGACUGUCACGAGUGAUGAGACUAACGAGGAGCACCAAGGUCCCGAGGCGGGGCAAGAACCUGCCGGACCCGAUCAGAGCAUGCCCGUAUCAUCCGAAGUGGUAGAUCCACCCGCCGAGAGGAAAGCCACCUCGUACGUUAUCGGAACUAACAACCCAAACCCGAAAGUGAUACCUAGGCUGGCGGAUGCCUCUGUCGGAAAUUGUGAAACAGGGGAUUUGUGUCCGUCAGAUUGGAACGUGUUUGAUGUGGCCCAAUUCUUGAGGGUCAAUGAUUGCGCAAACUAUUGCGACUCCUUCAGUAAACAGAGAGUUGAUGGAAAGAUGCUGUUGAAUCUCAGUAAGGAGGACGUACUGGACAUAACAGGUGGUAAGGUAGGACCGUCCUUGAAAAUUUACGAUCUUGUUCAACAAUUAAAAAUCAAAGUGAACCCGGCCCAGGUCCGCCACAUGAAAACCAAUAUCAAAAAGUUCUUAUAGUGCCUAAUAAUGAUAAUAGCUAUAAAAUUAAGAUCUGUCUGUAAAUAGUAGAGUAUACUGAUUGAUUUAAGUUAUUAAUUUUUCUAUGGAUUCAGUAUUUAUCCUCGACAGUUUUUGUGUGUGAAUUUCGUUGCUCAUCUCUGACAUUUAUAGUAAUUUGACCAAUAGAUGAUUUAUUGUU